GCGCUGUUGAAUAACACACUGAGGUGAAGCGUGCGCGUGCUUCCUCUUGUGCGGUUGUUGGUUGCUACGCGUUGCUAGGAAGUCAGUAAGUUUCUUCAGUGAAUUGAAGGAUGUGAUCAUUUACUGUAAUACCAUGGGACUUGUUUACAUCUAAAACCAAAUCCAACAAUAGAAUGAGUGAAAAUGGAGAAAGCAUCCCAUUUAACCCCACUGAUCUCAGUUCAGGUGAACCAGCCUGCAAAGCUAAUACUGUCCUUAGGGUAGAUUCAAGUACAGACAUCAGCAACAAAGAUGAAUUGAUAGAUGUCAACAAGCCCUAUGAUGGACCCAGACUACUUCAGGAUGAACACAAGGACAUCAAGCUUAGUCCAUAUCUGCCUCGGCCUCCCUCGCAGCCGAAACACAUCGGAUUGGCGAUGGGAGGUAGAAACAUGUCAUACGAGGAGAAGGUCCGAGGGAGAAGACUGAGAAACAGCCAGGAGAGUCUCACAGACCCGGGUGAGACGGGAUCUUCCACCGAUUCUCUAAAAGAAGAAAACUCAAGCAGUCCAUUGGGUUUAAAGAAUGGACAAAGUCCUUCAUCUAGACGGCCACUUGAUCUUCUGCCCAUGGAGACGGCAUUCAGGAAUUGGUCUGGUAGCUUCUCAGAAAGUGAUGUGUCCCCACAUGAGCUUUGUGAUCCGAAAGAACGCAUGAAAUUGUCCCGAAUAGUCCUUUCUCCAUUGCCGUCCACCAGCACAUGUCCUCCUCUGGAUCACACAGUAGCCUCUGCGAGCCUAAGAACAACUAAUCGGAUUGACAAGGAUUGUUUGGAUUACAGUGCGGUGGGGAGAAGGGGACGUUCUGAGAGACUUCAUAGGAACCUGAGCGAUAGCCGGCUUUUUGAGAACAUGGUGUCGGACAAUGUCUCUGUCCACUCUAUGAGGUCCACGUAUAGUGUGCUGAACCCCAUCAGACCCAGGGAUGUGAGGAACAGGAGCUUUCUAGAGGGCAGUGUUCUGGGAAACGGUGCUUUGUUGGGAGCGGAAGAGCUGGAUCGCUACUUCCCAGAGAGACGGCUUGGCAUCUACAUCGCCACAUGGAACAUGCAGGGACAGAAGGAGCUUCCAUACAAUCUUGAUGAUCUGUUACUUCCAACCGACACAGACUUUGCACAAGAUGUUUAUGUUAUUGGCGUUCAGGAAGGUUGUCCUGACAGGAGAGAAUGGGAGAUCCGUCUGCAGGAGACUCUUGGCCCGUAUUACGUAAUGCUGUACGCAGCUGCUCACGGUGUGCUCUAUCUCACCGUUUUCGUUCGACGGGACCUCAUAUGGUUUUGUUCAGAAGUUGAACAUGCCACAGUCACCACCCGAAUUAUAUCCCAGAUCAAGACUAAAGGAGCUGUGGGUAUCUGCUUCACUUUCUUCGGGACAUCCUUCCUUUUCAUCACAUCUCAUUUUACCUCUGGAGAUUCUAAAAUAUAUGAAAGAAUCUUAGACUACAACAAGAUCAUCGAAGCUUUGGCUCUCCCUAGAAAUCUCCCUGACACCAACCCUUACCGCUCCACGACCUCUGACGUCACGACACGUUUCGAUGAAGUCUUCUGGUUCGGAGACUUUAACUUUCGCUUGAGUAAAACCAGAGGAGAGGUUGAAGCCAUGUUGAAUGCAGACAUGAGCUUGCUCUUACAACACGAUCAGCUGUCUAAAGAGAUGAAAGAAGGUUCCAUUUUCAAAGGGUUUCAGGAAGCACAGAUUCACUUUACUCCUACUUACAAGUUUGACAUUGGUUGUGACGUCUACGACACUACUACAAAACAGAGGACACCCUCUUAUACUGACCGAAUUCUUUAUCGAAACAGACAAGCAGAUGACAUUAAGGUGAUCAAGUAUACAUCUUGCUCGGCUAUUAAGACAUCAGACCACCGCCCUGUCGUUGGCUUGUUUCAGGUCAAGCUUCGUCCUGGUCGAGAUAACAUUCCUUUGGGUGCUGGGCAGUUCGACAGGGGUCUGUAUUUAGAGGGAAUCAGGAGGAGAAUCACCAGAGAGCUGAAAAAGAGAGAGGCAACCAUGAAAAACCAGAACAGCAGCACUGUUUGCACAAUAUCCUGAUUUGGGACCAGUGCACAUACGCCACGGGUGCUUAAACUGCUCAUUUCAAAUACCAAGUUGCGUGGAAAGCUGGACUUUCAGGACAACUCGGUACUAGAAGCGUCACGCCGCUUAUCUGUCUUCGCUGAAGUACAAUGUGAAGCUUCGGUGCACAGUACAGGGACCCCAGAAACAUAAUAUUGUUUGAUUAAACAGAAAGGACUUUAUUAAUUUUACUGACCAGAGUAAAUGAAGAUGACCUAACACACUAGUAGUGUCCACACUGUACAGUACAUUCAUUAUUCCAGUGUAUUUGUAUAUAUAUAUAUUUUGUAUAUUUAACUUGACAGUCAUGUGUUUUGUAUUUUCAACUGAAACUAGCACGUUUCUUAUCAUUCAUUGACACCUUAAGCACCCGAUGUACCAGGAAGCUGGAUCCUAUUUACGAACAGUUAAUUAAUGUGCUCUUUAUGGUUGUGCUCUUUAAAAGGGAACUAUACUGUAACAUUACCAGCAAAUUAUGGAAAAAAUGCUGUUCGCAUGCGUUUCAUUUACAACUGUCA